UUCAUCCUCUUUAAGCUAUCUCUGGUUAGCGCUGGUUGGCGUUCCAUUUUCCGGUCUAAAUCGAGGGGUGCACGAUUGCUGUGGCUGUUAGCUGUAAAGGUUCAUGAAGAGAGUUUUUUCUAACUUCUUAAUGGCUUGUCUAGAUUUGAAAGAGUUUGAGAGAUGAAGUUAGUAGAAGUCAUUGAGAGCAGUUGAAUUGGUUUUCAUUAGCUGGUUAUGGAAGACACUGAAAGGUCUGGGGAGAAAGCCUUCUCAAAUGGGGACGUUUAUGUUGGAAAUUUUAAUGGAGUGCUGCCACAUGGUAACGGUAAAUACACGUGGUCAGAUGGGACUGUAUAUGAGGGUGAUUGGGAAAAUGGUAAGAUGACAGGGAAAGGAAACAUGAUCUGGUUGUCAGGAGCAAGAUAUGAAGGUGAUUUCUCUGGGGGUUACCUUCAUGGUUUUGGUACCUUAACUGGAUCUGAUGGGUCAAUUUACAGGGGGGCAUGGAGGAUGAAUAUUGUGCACGGUGUUGGAAAAAAGCAAUAUUGUAAUUCUGAAAUUUAUGAAGGUCAAUGGAAGGAAGGAGCACAUGAUGGUAGCGGUAAGUACACAUGGAACAGUGGAAAUAUGUAUAUUGGGAGUUGGAAAGCUGGGAAAAUGUGUGGUAGAGGGGUUAUGAGAUGGGCAAAUGGUGAUCUUUUUGAUGGCCUUUGGUUAAAUGGGUUUAGACAUGGGAAUGGCAUUUAUAGGUAUGCAGAUGGAGGAUACUAUUUUGGAACGUGGAGUCAGGAUCUAAAGGAUGGAAAAGGAAUUUUCUAUCCUGCUGGAAGUAAACAUCCAUACCUAAUGAAGUGUUGUAGCUCUCGUGAUUAUGAUAAGGAGGGGAAGAAUCUGCUGUCAUCUUCAUCAUUGAAUUCAGAAGGAAAAGCGCAAACAUCAAUUGUUAAGAGAAGUCUAUCAGAGAAGAUUUCUGUCGGUGGAUUUUUGAAAAGUUCAAGUCGAAUAUCACACGGGGCUACAUUGUUAAAGCAAAAUUUUAGAACUUCUAGUUCUUCUAGAAAUUUCUUGUGCCAUGACCCCUCGUGCACAUUGUCCAAUACUAUAGAAGGAGGUCAAUAUGUGUCACAAGAUAGUGACAGUUUAGUCUAUGAAAGGGAAUACAUGCAGGGGGUUCUGAUUAAAGAGAGAAUAAGGAAGUAUACCGAGUUGUCAAAAAAAUGUAAAGAGCCAAAUAGCUUUCAUACGGACAAAGCAAAGAAGGCGUCAUGCAUUGACAUUUUUGAAGGCCGUCGGAGUCAUUAUUUAAGACUUAAUUUGCAACUUGGUAUCAGGUAUACUGUUGGCAAGAUCACACCAGUUCCUGUGCGUGAAGUUCGAUCUUCCGAUUUUGGAGAUCGAGCUAGAAUAAGGAUGUAUUUCCCCCGAAAAGGUUCCCAGUUCACACCUCCGCACGAUUCAAUUGAUUUCUACUGGAAAGAUUAUUGCCCUAUGGUCUUCAGGAAUUUGAGGGAAAUGUUCAAGUUAGAUGCGGCAGAGUAUAUGAUGUCCAUUUGUGGUGAUGAUGGUCUAAGAGAGCUUUCUUCUCCGGGGAAAAGUGGCAGUAUUUUCUAUCUCUCUCAUGAUGAUAGAUUUGUAAUUAAGACAUUAAAAAGGCCGGAACUUAAGGCAAUGCUCAAGAUGCUGCCCAAUUACUAUCGUCAUGUAGGAGAACAUGAAAAUACACUCAUUACGAAAUUUUUUGGACUCCAUCGCAUAAAGUUAAGAGGUGGAAGAAAGGUACGGUUUGUAGUCAUGGGGAAUAUGUUCUAUACUGAACUACGGAUUCAUCGUCGCUAUGAUUUGAAAGGAUCAACUCAUGGGAGAAUCACAAAGAAAGAUAAAAUCAGCCAGCAUACCACAUUGAAAGAUCUGGAUCUGACAUAUGAGUUUCAUAUGGACAAAUUAUUGCGGCAGUCACUGUUUAAACAAAUAAAAUUAGACUGCAUGUUCUUAGAAUCACAGCAGAUAAUUGAUUAUAGCCUUCUGGUGGGAUUACAUUUUAGAGCUCCUGAGCAGCUCAAGUCCUUCGAACCUCCUGAUACAAGGCACACUCUAGAGACUUUACUUGCUAAUGACGGUGAAAAUCUGCAAGCUGAACUUCCGAUUCCUCCUAAUGGCCUGCGAUUGGUAACUCAUGAACCUAGUUCUGUCAGUACUGCACCAGGUCCUCACAUCAGAGGAAGGACACUAAAAGCAUUUUCUUUAGGCGACAAGGAAGUUGAUGUUUUACUCCCUGGUACUGGAAGGUUACGAGUGCAAUUAGGAGUAAAUAUGCCGGCGCAGGCACAGCGGAAGCUUUGUCUUGUUGAGGAAGACUCUUCAGAAGUUGAACUUUUUGAGGUUUAUGAUGUUGUUCUUUUUAUGGGAAUAAUUGACAUAUUGCAGGAAUACAAUGUGAAAAAGAAACUCGAGCAUGCAUACAAGUCAACGCAAUUUGACCCCAUGUCAAUUUCUGUUGUUGAGCCACACCUGUAUGCUAGUCGAUUCACCAAAUUCUUAGAGAGAAUUUUCCCCGAUCUACCAUGAAAGACCCUAGUUUUGUUUUCCCUUUAUUUUAUUAUUCACAAUAACAAUUUUUAUUUUUAUUUUCUUCUUUUUAUACGAAAGGCUUCAUAUCAAACUAUUAUAAGCAA